CCACUCUACCUCCAAAAUGGCCGAACCCAAAGAAAUUUUGACAGCAAUGAUUCCUGUUGUGAUGGAUUUCUUAGAUAUUGACUUGGAUGAUGUGUUAUUUUCAGACGUUUUAUCAGAUUCGCAAAUAGGCGAUGUCGUGACAGCGGUUGUAGUGAACCAUUAUCAAAACAAAGUGCAAAGUACAGCAGAACCGAAUGACAAAACAAGCGAUGAAGACGAUAAAAUCGAAAGUAGCGAUGACAGUGUUCGCGUUGACAGUGAUCCAUGUGUGGCAUUACCAUCCAGUUUGCCCAAUGGUUGGUCUGUUUUGCCGCCAGAUAAAUUUAGAGCUAUUUAUAGAAUUUCGUCGCCUGUAUUUGAACAAUUUCUUAAAUUAUUUAUUGAUAAAUUAGUUCCGCUUGCAAUUCCAACGUCAACGAAAGUCACCACGGGAAAAAAUGACAUUGUCAUUAGAGACGAACUCAAACUUUUGAUUAUGCUAGAAUAUCUUGGAUCCAAUUUACCAAUAAGUAAAUUAUCUCAGAAAUACAACUUAUCAGAGAGCGCGAUACUGGAAGCUGUAACCAUAGCAAUAUCUGUGAUAUAUCAAAAUAUGUUUUUAUUUAUUCGAUGGCCGAAGCCAGAGGAGAUUUGUGAUUCGGCUCUAUGCAACCCGCUAGAACAGCCAGGAUUUUCAAACUGUAUUGGUGCGAUAGACAUUUGUCAGGUUCGCAUCAAAACACCUCAAGACAAUGAAUCAUUUUAUAUGAAUAAAACAGGAAAAUCUUCAGUAGCAUUACAGGCCGUCUGUGACCACAAGAUGAACUUUCUACAUUGCUGUACAGGUUGGCCAGGAUUAAUGGCAGACAUGGCUGUAUUAAAAGACUCUGACAUCUUUGAGGAUGUCCAGAAAGAUACAAACCGUUAUUUCCCAAAUGGAACAUUUUUAAUAGGCGAUCUCGCGUAUCCUUUGUUGGAUUGGAUCAUGACCCCUUACGAGGAAACGCCAGACGACAGUUACUUAAAAUACAACCACGUUCAUUCCCAGAUUCUUGAUUUAAUUACUCAGACUUUCCAGAGACUCAAAACCAGAUUUCCGAGACUCAAUUAUGUGGAGAAUGGUAAGAUGGAGGAGGUUGUGAAAAUUGUAUUAGUGUGUUGUGCUCUGCAUAACUUUUGUCAGAAUGCGGGUGAUGUCAUGGAGGGGGAGACAACUCCGAUCGAACCUCAUGUUUCCAUAGAUACAUUUGUUACAGAAGCUGAAUGUUUACUCCCAGUGGAGGAAAGUUCCGUUAUUAAAAGAGACGAAAUCAGAGACAUUAUUAAUUCUUCUGAUUCAAUUCUAGUUGUUCACAAAGAGGAUGACGUCUCGUGAUUAAAUGAAAUGGGGUUUAACAUCCUACAUUUUGCACCAAAUGGGGUUUGAAGACCAUUUGACGCAAACUAGAUCAUUUCAGGACUAACAUGGUUUAAUUUUAUAUCGAUAGUUCGCUUGCUUGUAGGGGUCUUUAACAGUGGGAGGAAACCGAAGGACCUGGAGAAAACCCACAAGGUUGGAUAAGCAACCCUACUCCUUGUCAGGUUCACGUGGGAAUCAAAACCACGCUACAUGACUCAAUGACAGACCACUCAACCUCCCAUGCCCAAUAGUGUCCAGACUCUUACAUGUAUUUUGAAAUUCCAACUGUCAAGGGUUCUUUUACGUGAAUGCCAUCACGUUUCAGUCCCUUCUGGGUUUGCUCCCAGUGUUGACUAAGAAAGUUCAGUGCAAUGUGGACAGAUAUUUUUCCAGGGUCACAUGUACAAGUUCGCGUGCACGUGAAAGAACCCUGACAGUUGGAAUUCGAUGGAUAGACGGCAGUAGCCCCACUGCCCUGACAAGAUUUCCCUUAGAGUACACUACAUGGUAUAUGUCUCUGUCUUCCUUAGCCCAGUUCUGAGUUGGUGCAGAACCCCAUUUCAUUUCAAUCCAUCGACACACUGAUUCGAUCUUACAGAUUUGGGAUCAUUUGUUUCUCGUUAAAGUGUCAGAGGAU